AAAACAAAUAAAGGGAAAAACAAAAAAACAAAAGUGUAAUGGAAUUCCACUGUAAUAACCUCCCCCACUUUUGCUCCACACUUUACUUGUAAGCUAAACUAAGACUCCAACAACACCCAAGUCAAAAUAUAUAUAACCCCAAUCUUCACAGUGUGUGUGUGUGUGUUCUUGCUUGGAAAUUCAAGAAAUAAUUUAUCAAAAAAUCUCCUCUUUUUUCCAUUUUGCAAAAUGAGAUUUUUACACCCUUUUCACUGUGUGGGUCUUAUUUUGAUUCAAAUUGCAUUCAGCUCGAAUCCAGCAUUCUCAGCUCCUGAUGGAGCUCUUGUUACAGAGCUUCCUGGUUUCAAUGGCAGCUUCCCUUCCAAACACUAUUCUGGGUAUGUCACCAUUGAUGAGAAGAAAUUGUAUUACUAUUUUGUGGAGUCUGAGGGGAAUCCAUCCAAGGACCCUGUUGUGCUCUGGCUCAACGGUGGGCCCGGUUGCUCUAGCUUCGAUGGGUUCAUCUACGAGCAUGGCCCCUUCAAUUUUGCGAAGGAUCCGCUUGGUGGCUUUCCGACUCUGCAUCCCAAUCCAUACAGCUGGUCCAAGGUAUCUAGUAUGAUAUAUCUAGACUCCCCGGCUGGUGUUGGAUUAUCGUACUCAACAAACACAUCUGAUUACAUUACCGGAGACCUUAAGACCGCUUCUGACUCACACACAUUUCUCCUCAAGUGGUUUGAGCUGUACCCGGAAUACCAGAGCAACCCGUUUUACAUAUCGGGAGAAUCAUAUGCAGGAAUCUAUGUCCCUACUUUGGCCUAUGAAGUAGCUAAUGGGAUUGAUGCCGGUGCGAAGCCUAUCCUCAAUCUCAAGGGGUACUUGGUGGGAAAUGGAGUUGCUGAUGACGUGUUUGACGGCAAUGCUCUCGUACCAUUCGCUCAUGGAAUGGGCCUCAUCUCGGAUGAACUCUUUGAGGCAGUCAACUCCGAAUGCAACGGCGUUUACUACAAUCCGACGAGCCAGAAUUGUGAGAACAAACUUGUCAAAGUUGAUGAAGCAAUUAGGGACCUAAACAUAUACGACAUUCUCGAGCCGUGCUAUCAUGCCCCGGCAAGUAUUAUUCAACUCGGGAAAACGAAUGUGCCGCUGAGCUUCAGGAGACUAGGCGAGACCGAGAGGCCUCUACCCGUUAGGAAAAGAAUCUUCGGGCGUGCAUGGCCGUAUAGAGCCCCAGUUAGAGACGGAUACGUCCCCACAUGGCCGCAGCUUCUGAAUAGCGAAUAUGUCCCUUGCACGGAUGAGGAAGUCGCGGACAUAUGGCUGAACGACGCAGCAGUUAGGAAGGCGCUUCAUGCUGACAGCGCAGACGUAGCCGGGAGAUGGGAUCUCUGCACGAACCGGAUUUCGUUUCACCAUGAUGCCGGGAGCAUGAUCAAGUAUCACAAGAACCUCACAUCACGCGGCUAUCGAGCCCUCAUAUACAGCGGAGAUCAUGAUAUGUGUGUUCCGUUUACGGGAAGCGAAGCUUGGACGAGAUCGAUGGGAUACACGACUGUCGACGAGUGGAGGCCUUGGUAUGUGCAAGGCCAAGUUAGUGGGUACACUCAAGGCUAUGACUACAAUCUCACCUUCCUCACCAUCAAGGGGGCCGGGCACACCGUGCCGGAGUACAAGCCACUCGAGUCGUUGGAGUUCUACUCGCGCUUCCUUGCUGGCGUGAAGAUAUGAAAUCGAAUGCCACGUCUUCAAAUGGGACCAAAGGAUCAUAGCAGCUAAAUCAUUCACUAUCGCUUAUCCAAAGUUUGUCAUUCUUGAUUGAUGAUUGAAGAAGAUUUGGCUUAGCAUUAUUUAUAGUAGGAAGAACAUUAAUGCGUUGUGUGAUUUCGAAUGUAUAAUAAAUGUUAGUUCAUCUACUCAAAAUCUUGAUGUGACUAUCUCACAUGUAAUUCAACGUCACAUAAAUAAAUAGUAAUCCCCAAUAUCAAAAAAUCAA